AUGUCAAACCUGAAUAGGAAAAUCUUGCUCUUGGGCAACGGCUUCGUAGCCGGUCCCUGUCUCCGAUACCUGUUGCGGCGUGAGGAGAAUAUCGUGACUAUUGCAAGUCGAAGAGUGGAGAGCGGUGAAAAGCUCGCCAAAGGCCACAAACGUGCUAUCCCCAUCGCGCUCGACGUGAACGAUGAUGCCGCCUUGGAGAAGGAGAUUGCCAAGCACGACAUCGUCAUCAGCUUGAUCCCAUACACCCACCACGCUCGUGUGAUUGGUGCCUCGAUUAAACACAAGAAGCAUGUCGUUACGACCAGUUAUGUUUCGCCGGCGAUGGAGGCUCAUGACGCUGCGGCGAAGGAAGCUGGUGUGACCAUCUUCAAUGAGAUUGGUGUUGACCCUGGUAUCGACCAUUUGUACGCUAUCAAGACCAUUGAGGAGGUCCAUGCCGAAGGUGGAAAGGUUCUGUCUUUCCUGUCCUACUGUGGCGGUCUUCCGGCACCCGAGGCCUCCAACAACCCUCUCGGAUACAAAUUCAGCUGGAGUUCCCGUGGUGUCCUUUUAGCUCUCCGGAACAAUGCGAGAUACGUCGAGAACGGGAAGCCUGUCGAUGUACCUGGCGCGGAACUCAUGGACAGUGCCAAGCCCAUCUACAUCUACCCCGCCUUUGCAUUUGAGGGUUACCCCAACCGUGACUCUACUCCUUACAACAAGCGGUACAACAUCCCCGAGUGCAAGACCGUUCUUCGUGGGACGUUGCGUUAUCAGGGUUUCCCCAAAUUCGUCAAAGUCUUGGUAGCCCUUGGAUUCUUGAACGAUGAAGAGAAGGACUUCUUGCACGAGUCGUCUGCCGCUAUCGCCUGGAACGCGGUGUUGGCGAAAUCGCUGAACAGCCAGAGCGCAAGUGAAGCGGAUCUCAUCAAGGCAGUGAAGGCUAAAGCUGGCCUGAAGGACGACGACGAGAGCGAGCGUGUCAUUCGCGGGUUGAAGUGGCUCGGCCUCUUCUCCGAAACCCCCGUCACCAAGCGCGGAAACAUCCUCGACACCCUCUGCGCCACUCUGGAAGACAAGAUGCAGUACCAAGCUGGCGAACGCGACAUGGUUAUGCUGCAGCAUAAGUUUGACGUUGAGCUUAAGGAUGGCACGAAGCAAUCUCGUACAUCAACAGGCCUAUGGUUCGGAGAGCCAAACGGCGACACAGCUAUGGCUGUCACUGUCGGCGUGCCAUGCGCGAUCACCACCCAGCUGAUUCUUGACGGCAAGAUCACGCGCACAGGAGUCCUGGCGCCCAUGGACAUGGAACUUGCUGGCCCGCUUAUCAAGGCGCUGGAGGAUGAAGGUAUCAAGAUGGUUGAUGAGAUCUUGUAG